AUGGAGAAGUCAAAUGAUAAUAGCCCCCGAAAUAAUUUUAUUAAAAAAUCAAAAUUUUCCGAGCAUAAAUUGUCUGCUGGUACGUUUAUGGGAGAUGAAAAUAUGGCAGACAUGUUGAAUAAGCUAAUCGGCGAUCACAAGUCAUUGUUCAAACAGUACAGAACGUACGUAAUAGAAUCUGAUAAGCUUUUUGCAAAAUACGUGUUGAUGGUUGAAGCUCUAAAACAGGAACACGAUACGUUGAAAAAACUUUUGCCGUGUGAAAGUUCUGACCUCAUGAUUUCUAAAAGGAAGAAGAAAAAUAUAAAAGAUCUGUCAGUUCUGUUAGAAGAAGAAGCAUGUUUGUUGAAAGAUAUCUCCGAUACGCUUGAGAAAAUUCAGAGGCUGCAGUUGACAGUAAAUGAAAAAGAAAAAGUCCUGGUAAUGAAAAAAGUUGAUCUCGGUGAUCUCCUUGAUGUGGCCGUGUCUCGUUGUAGACGGAUGCGACAGUUGCAAGAGCUCGAGGAUCGAAAAUAUGAUCGUUCUGUUCAAUAUAACUCAGUCUUAAAUGAAAAUAAAAAAUUGCGCAAAAAGAUAGAUGAAAUAAAAGUAACACGCGACGCCUACGGAACAAGCUACACGAACGUCUUGAGACAAAUUGAAAUGACGAAAUUAAAAAAGAAAUUCCUACUCGAAGAAGUCCAGCAGUUCAUUGAAGAAAAAGACUCCACCGUCACCAUGUUCAACGCCAUUCUCAGUGGCAGCAAGAAGGAGGACGACUUGUACCAACAAAAAAUCGAAAGCAUGAAGCAGAUGAUAAGGAACGAUACGAAAACGUUAGACUUUCUCGUCAAAAAACUGAACGAACGAACGGAUUUGAAAGCAGUAGAAGCAGAACAACGAUUGGAAGAACUGAGAGAAACACUAGAAGAGGAGGGCAAAUUGCUUUCGUUUCAACAGGAAGCUCUUGAAGCUAUUCAAGAUUUAACAGAGGAAAAGGAAGGAUACAUGAUGGUUCACACGUACAACCAGAAGGAGGCAGACAAAAUGGCACUCUUUAACUAUAUUGCCGAUUUGAAUGGAGAACUGACACACUUAAAACAGAAACAUGCUAGUCUUUUGAAAGAUAUUGAUGCGUUAAAAGCAGACGAUGUAGCAACAAAAGAAAAUUACACCAUGGAGAUGAAAAAGAAUGAAAAGAAAUAUUCCGAUCUUAUGCGAGAAAUGGAGAAAUGCAAUGAAGAAAGUUGUCGAACCAAUACAACAAUAGAAACUAUCAAACAGUUCAUUGAAUGCACGUUCAAGAGAUUAGGUUGUGACAUGGGGGCUAUGGAGAAAAAACUUGGAUUGGACGUAGACAUUAACCCAAACAACAUGACAGUUUUCUUGAGUGAAAUUGAAGUUGAUGUAGCCAAACUAAUACACUCGUACAAUUAUGGGCUACGGUUGAAGUCGCUAACAAAUUACGAACAUCUGAAAGACGAGGCGGGAAAAGCAGUCAUCAGGGAAACAAUGAAAACGUUUGAAUCCGUCAUUCCAUACGUGGACGAAGCCGAAAAUUUCAAAAGUGUAGAAGUCCCACAUUCGGCUCUAGCUAUACCGACAAAAGAUGAAUUUGCUUCAAAUAUGGAAUCAUCUGCUUCCGACCUAACGAUAACAAGAGCCAGAACCAAAGCCGAAUUCGAAGAAGCAGCAAAGAAGUUAAUUGCGAGUAGAUCUGCUUCAAAUGCAAAACGCCGAUCAAAGUUCAUCAAGUAA